AUGUUCGCUGCUAGGCAAGCUUUCUUCCAGGCCCAGCGCCGCUGCUUCUCCGCCUCGGCCCGCCAGAACUCAAAGGUCACCGUCCUCGGUGCCGCUGGUGGCAUUGGCCAGCCAUUGUCGCUGCUGCUGAAGCUCAACCCCAGGGUUAGCAAGCUCGCCCUCUACGAUAUCCGCCUUGCUCCCGGUGUCGCUGCCGACAUUGGCCACAUCAACACCAAGAGCGAGGUCACUGGACACGAUGCCACCCCCUCCGGCCUCGCCGAGGCCCUCAAGGGCGCUGAGAUUGUUCUCAUCCCCGCUGGUGUUCCCCGCAAGCCCGGCAUGACCCGUGAUGACUUGUUCAACACCAACGCCUCCAUUGUCCGUGACCUCGCCAAGGCCGCCGCUGACCACGCUCCCGAUGCCAACAUCCUUAUCAUCUCCAACCCCGUCAACUCCACCGUCCCCAUCACUGCCGAGGUCUUCAAGGCCAAGGGCGUCUACAACCCCAAGCGCCUCUUUGGUGUCACCACCCUCGACGUUGUUCGUGCCUCGCGCUUCAUCUCGCAGCUGAAGAACACCGACCCCGCCACCGAGAACAUCACCGUGAUUGGAGGCCACUCUGGUGCUACCAUCGUUCCCCUCCUGUCGCAGUCCGGCUACAACCUCGAGGGCCAGAAGCUCGAUGAUUACGUCAGGCGCGUCCAGUUCGGUGGCGACGAGGUCGUCCAGGCCAAGGACGGUGCUGGCUCUGCCACUCUCUCCAUGGCCAUGGCUGGUGCCCGUUUCGCCGAGUCGCUCCUCAAGGCUGCCCAAGGCCAGAAGAACGUCAUCGAGCCCACCUUUGUCGACUCGCCUCUGUUCAAGGAGCAGGGCUGCGACUACUUCGCCUCCAACGUCGAGCUCGGCCCCAACGGUGUUGAGAAGAUCCACCCCGUUGGCAAGAUCACCGACUACGAGCAGAAGCUCCUCGAUGCUUGCGUCACUGACCUCGCCAAGAACAUCAAGAAGGGUGUUGACUGGGUUAAGCAGAACCCAUAA